GAUGGCCACUAACACAGGGUUGUUAGAAGACAUCUGGGGGUCUGGGCAGGUUAUCGGGCUCUGUACAUGUGAGACGGGGGCAUGAGGUGGUCCAUGGGGUGUUUAUAACCCUCCCACCCACGACCAUAUGGACCCUCCAGAGCAGAGACAGCACCAUGCUCCCACACACAAGGGGAGGCAAAGGGAAGGGAUCGGGGGAUGGGGGCACCUGUGCCUCCUGAUCCAGCUCCACAUAACACCAGGCGUCCCCUCCUGACAGCGGGAGGGUCUCGGGGACAGGACACCUGGGUUCUCUCCUGGCUCUGGGAGGGGAGUAGGGUCUAGUGGUUAGAGCGGGGAGGGGUCUGGGAGCCAGGACAUCUGGGUUUGAUCCCAGGCUCUGCUGUGUCAUUUCCCCUCUGGUGCUGCACAGUCAUAGCUCCCAGCUAUACGGUGUCACAGAGGUUGCCACAUUCCCUUCGAGUGGUCACAGACUCACCGGGGGGCUUCUCAGAAACCCUCCCGCCGCGGUCGCUGUGAUCAGGGCCCAUGGUUGGUCUGCCCAGCCCCAUCCUGUUCACAGUUGGGCCACUGUGAGAAAGAUCAAAGGACCACGUUCCCACCCGCCACCCAGAUCACUCGCUAUCACACACAGCCCCCAGCACAGAGACAUGGGCAGGGAGCUGAGCAAGGAUGGGACCAGAUGAGUAAGAGCCCCAGAUGUGCCCAGCUGUGAGCCCUCACCCGGAACAACCCUGGAUUCUGCUGCACACAUCCCCCCACCAGGGUCUUCUCUGUCCAUCAUCCAUCCAGUUGUGCAGGGACCCAGCUGCUGGGCGACGCACAGCCUGUCCUUCCCCUCAGCCUGUGUGGUCGGCUGUGGUUGAACAGAGUCUGAACCUGCCGUUCAGAUGAGCACAUAUAUAUGACCUGCAGGUUUCCUGCUGGGUCUAUAAAUCACCAAGGGCUGAGGCAGAUGCGCUGUCCCCUUCCCCGGAUGGCUCUGAUAAUGCAGCUUCUGCUCCUGCUCCCCACGGCUUUUUUCCUGCCCCCCGGGGCUCUGGCUGGAUGGAUCACUGGUGGAAAGGAAGCCCGGUCCCACUCCAAACCCUACAUGGCCUUCCUCAACAUCAGCACGAAGCAUGGGCAUCAAAGGUGUGGAGGAUUCCUGAUUCAAAAGGACUUUGUGCUGACAGCUGCGCACUGUGACCUCGGAAAAAUCAUGGUGUAUCUGGGAGCUCAUGAUGUGACCAAGCGGGAGCGGAGCCAGCAACGCCUGGCUGUCCGACGGAAAAUUCCCCACCCGAAAUACAACAACAAGACACAGGAGAACGACCUCAUGUUACUCAAGCUGAAGAGAAAAGCGAAGCUGACGGCAGCCGUGCAGCUCGUCCCCCUGCCCGAGGAUGGUGAAGAGGUGAUGCCAAGAGAAAUCUGCAAUGUAGCGGGCUGGGGGAAUACCCGGGCCAGGGGGUUUUCCCUGCCAAGCACGCUGCAGGAGGUCAACUUGAUGGUGCUGGAGGAGAACAGGUGCAUGCGCUACUCCCAUUUCAUCCCCAACUCCAUGCUCUGCGUGGGCGACCCCAAGGAAUUCAAUAAAUCGUCCUUUAAGGGCGACUCCGGGGGCCCCCUGGUCUGUGACGGGACGGCCCAGGGCAUCGUCUCUUUUGGCAAAGUUGACGGGUCCCCCCCCAGGGUGUUCACCAGGGUCUCAACGUACAUCCCCUGGAUCAAGAAAACAAUGAGAAAGCUGCAGGAUUAACCUUAGGCAAGCACCUUCUUUGCUUUCUGCCUCAGUUUCCCAGCUAUAAAAGGAGCGUUACAAUCCUCACUUAGCUGUAUGGAUUUAUCUCCUUGGAGCUGUGUCUCGAGCCCAGCCACUAUGGUGAUGGGCUCAUGGUAAAGCCAAUCAAUAAAUAGUGUCUUCUUGGUGUUUCCUGGUGCACAUUAUUUUAAAACCGUAAACAGGCCCCGUCAGACAUUGUAGGUUUUAGCUUUAGAAACGAAUCGCGAGGUCCCAGGAUACUAGAGAGACAAGGUGGAUGAGACAGGCUGGUCCAAUAAAAGAUACCACCUCACCCGCCUUGCCUCUCUGUGAUUCUGUAAAGUAUUUUCUGGAAAGUCUGCUGGUCUGUGUUUGAAAGUAUCAACACCUGGAGGUUUGUUCUGGUGGUUAAAGAUUUUUUCAUUUCAUUUUUUUGGUGAUUGCCUCAAACGUUUGCAAAACCCUUCCCUCCCCACUUGGAAGUGUACUCUUUGGUCAAAAAGAUGGGAAAUUUCUGAUCCGUUCUACAAACUGCUCGACUUGACCGAAAAUCAAGGGGAAAAAAUGUCAUGAAAGUUUUGUUCCUUUCUUUUGGGGGGCAUGGGGGGAGUUACAAUUUAAACUCCCACAAAGAAUUUCAUCCAGAUCUGAAAAACUCCCACUGAAUCUUUGAUGACAUUUUCUCAAUACUUCUGUCAGGGUUCCUUCCCCUCUCUGAACUCUAGGGUACAGAUGUGUGGACGCACAUGAAAGACCCCCUAAGCUUAUUCUUACCAGCUUAGGUUCAAAACUUCCCCAAGGUACAACCUUUGCCUUGUCCUUGAACAGUAUGCUGCCACCACCAAGCAUUUUAAACAAAGAACAGGGAAAGAGACCACUUGGAGACGUUUUCCCCCAAAAUAUCCCCCCAAGCCCUACACACCCCCUUUCCCGGGAAGGCUUGAGAAUAAUAUCCUAACCAAUUGGUUACAAAAUCAUCAAAGACCCAAAUCCCUGGAUCUUGGAACAGUGGAAAAAUCAGUCAGGUUCU